CCCCCGUGCGGUUGCAUGCUGCUAAGACAUCUCGACGAGGUGUCGCCGAUCGCUUGCCUUGGCCCCCUGCCCCCCCCCCCCGUCGCCGUGACGACCCCCCCCCCUGCCUCCGUCGCCAUGGUGAGCUUCCAGUCCAAGUGGCGCUACUUGUUCAUGUUCCUGGGCGUGCAGCUGGUCGUCAUGGCGCUGCUGUCCCGCGAGGGCUACCAGAGACGGGUCACCUACUUCAUGCGCAUUUUCCGCAAAGGCGACGGGGUCGCCCGUAACCUGUCGGCCACGGGCAGUGACGUCUACGCCAACCUGACCAUCCUGGCCAGGGCCCCGUCCAGCAGCGACGUCAUGACCUACUGCCCCCAGACCUCGCCCUUCAUACGUGGGCCUAUCCAUGUCAGCUUCCCUUCGGGCCUGACUCUGGCGCAGGUGCAGCGGAAGAACCCCCUGGUGGUGAGGGGGGGUCGCUACCGACCGCCCGGCUGUGAGUCCAGGCACAGCACAGCCAUCAUCAUCCCCCACAGGAACCGGGAACACCACCUCAAGUUCCUCCUCUACUACCUGCACCCCUUCCUCCAGCGACAGCAGCUCAACUAUGGGAUCUACAUCAUACACCAGGCCGGGAACUACACGUUUAAUCGAGCCAAGCUAAUGAACGUGGGCUUCCGGGAGGCGAUGCGAGAGGAAAACUGGGACUGCCUGUUUUUCCACGAUGUGGACCUGAUCCCAGAAGACGACCGCAACACGUACAUCUGUGACGCCAACCCAAAGCACGCUGCCAUCGCCAUGGACAAGUUUGGCUACAAGCUUCCUUACAAUUUGUACUUCGGAGGCGUGUCUGCUCUGACUCCGCUGCACUACCUCAAGAUGAACGGCUUCCCCAACAACUACUGGGGCUGGGGGGGGGAGGACGACGACAUCGGAGUCAGGGUUUCUCUCGGUGGGAUGCACAUCACGCGUCCGUCUGUGAGAGUCGGCCGCUACAAGAUGAUCAAACACAAGCUGGACAAAGGCAACGACAUCAAUCCUAAACGAUUCAACAUGCUGGCCAAAACCCGCCAGUCGUGGAAGCUGGACGGGAUGAACACUGCAGAGUAUGAGAUCGUACGGCGCCAGCACCGUCCCCUCUACACCAACAUCACGGUGGACAUCGGCACAGAGGAAGGCCUCCACAAAACCCCAGCAGCUGCCAAGCCAGAACCCGUCGACCCAGCCAAACCCAACCAGGAGCAAGGGAAGAGCUAGGGGCACUGCUGGGGAGUUGCAGU